AGUUUGGACACCACUGAGCUAAAGCAUCGCAACCUUUCUGAUGAACAGAACUCAAAAGUCUUAUCUUUUAUAAAAACUCAUGUGAAAUAUAUUUUGAUGUGAGAUGAUAAAGUGUCAUAAACACGAUUGUUUCCAGGCAUCAAAGUUCAGCCGUUUACUGUGUCUUAUAUCAUAAAGACGAGCCGAGUGGACUCUGGACUUACUGUAAGAAACAUUUGACUUCCUCUCUCUCUUUGUCUGUCAGACGUUCUCAAGUUAAUAUCUCAUCAUGUGAUCAACGUUUGAUGUUUUUUAGACUUCGUAUCACUCGGCUUAUUCCUGCUCGAUAAAACUCAAACAAACACGACGUGUGAAAUGAGAAACAGGAGAGAGGAAGACGAGCGCGUGAAAGAGGACGUUAACGGUUCGUGGUGACGAGAUGAUAAGAGAUAAGAGCGUGACGACAUUAAACUGAAGUGAGGCAGUAGAAGAAAAAAGAAAGGGGAGGAGCAAAAAUGAUGGAGGAGGCGGAGCAUGAAGACGGUGUCAGCCCGGCGACCAACGGCACGGAGGAAUCCACUCCUCCCGCGGAAGCAAACAGCAACUUCAACCACACCGACAACAACAAUGUCAGCUCCCAUCCAGCUGAGGCCACGCCCGAGGUCACCAUGGAAACAGAGCAGGGCGAAGCGACACCGGAGCGAGCAGGAAGUGGACCUGUGGUCGUUCAAGGCAACAAGAACCCGGCCAGCGAGAAGCUGUUGAGAGUCAGAAAGUGGAGCAUCACCACGUAUAAGUGCACCCGCCAGGCUCUGUCAGAGAAACUCGGCCGCGGAUCUCGCACGGUGGAUCUGGACCUGGAGCGUCGACUCGAGCUGCUCAGAGAUGACCGACAGCGCUACGAAAACGUCACUAAGGUGGCUCAGACGCUAGCCAAUCAGCUCGCUCAGAUCACUGUUACCCAGAAGACACUGGGGGACGCCUUCAGUGAGCUCAAAGUGAAAACACCAACGCUGCAUGUGGAGUUCGGUCUGAACGCAGACGCCCAGAACUUUCUGUCAAAGAGCGGUGAGUCUCUGACGGAGGCCAUUAACACCUUCACGUCCGACAUGAACACGCUGGUCAAUAAAACCAUCGAGGACACGAUGAUCAACGCCAAGAAGUACGAGGCGGCCAGGAUCGAGUACGAUGCGUACCGAGUCGACCUGGAGGAGCUGAACAUGGGACCCCGAGACGCUAACACGCUGCCCAAACUGGAGGCGGCUCAACAAGAGUUUCAGGGCCAGAAGGAGAGAUUUCAGAAGCUCCGAGACGACCUGAGCGUCAAAGUGAAGCUGCUGGAGGAGAACAAGGUCAAAGUCCUCCAUAACCAGCUGUUGCUGCUCCACGCCGCCGUCGCUGCCCACAGUUUAUCGUGUCACAGCUUCCUGGAGAAAAACAGCCGAGAGGCUGAAGAACUCCUCAGCAACAGCAGCACGGACUCCCCCUCCUGGCUGGAAGAAAGUUGACACAACAACAACAACAACAACAACAUAAUCUGACCACACGGGAGGUGCACGGACGCCGGACUGGAAUCUGUUUUAGGAGAAAUGGACGCUGUUUUAUGAAUAGUAAGAGAGAGGAUUCUUUUGAGACUUUUUUGAUUAGGAAAUGAGUUUGAAUGAAAUUUGGGAGUGUUGCAUUGUGAGGUAAUUUAUUUAUACCAGAGUCGGAUUGAAGUCUGUUUGUCUGGGAAUUAAGUCCUGGAAACCCGAUCGUUCACUACAGAAAUUAAAAAACAAUAGAUUAGAAAAUUUUUGGGGGGUUUUGAGCCUGGAGGACUGGAAAGUCUUAAAAAUGUAGAAUUAGAUCAUUAACCAAAAUCUGAAAAUAUUGUGAAACUGCACAGGAAGCUUUGGGAAGUUUUCAAGAGGUUGUUCAUUGUUCUCGGGACAAAAGGGACUCUGAAGAAUGAACUCUCUUUUCUAUAUUAUUCGUACAUUUAAGGACUUACAGCACUUGUGACUUGUGACCUGUUUAACAGAGACACAGUCAUAUGUACCCCCCUCCUGGUUUUCUUUCCUCUGUCUUAGUGUGUUGGGGAGUAAAUCCAUCUAAUCCUUUGUGAGGCACUAAGCCUUUCUUUGAACUUCAAAAAAAAAAUCCCCUCAGCCACUGCAGUCAGAAACUCACAGCAACUCAAAGUGCCUCAACACCACUGCAGGAAAAACAUGAACCAUCCACAGCUCCUCAUGUGGACGCUUCUGAUUGGUUUAGGGGUCCAGGAUGAUGGAUUCUUGUCUUUCUAGCAAAACAAAGAUCUUCUGUCACAGUUUUUAAUUUUAAGUCGAUGCUUAUCGUUUGUCAACAAAUGAAAAACGUGUCCCCGGCGGAGAUCAAACGCCAAAGAUGAAAAUCAAUCCAACUUAUUUAGUAACUUUGUGAAGCUUCAAAGUGCAGCCUUUUCUUUUUCUUUUUUUCUAUCUUAGUUAAAAAAUAUUUGAAUUCAUGGUUUGAAAUUUGAGGGAAAGUUGUUUUUGUUUUGUUUGCUCGAUCUAUCCAAACAUCCUUCUGCCUUUUUAUAUUUCCUGUGACUGUGAUGUCAUGAUCUGUUUGUGUUUACGUACCUCAGACGACGAUGACGACUAUGAAACGACUGUGGGUGUUAUUUGUGCAAUAAUGUUUCAAAACCAUUUACCUUCAGAAAUGAUGACUGUUAAUGACUCCAUAUCUCUCUGUCUUCCAAAACGUAACCAAUAAAUAUUACUUUAAAGGAGCAGGAUGUAACUCUGA